UUUUCGAUAGGACUCGGUGCAUAUAUACGGCGAGCGUCUUAUAGGAACUUGCAGUUUAGAACUGAAAGAGCGUCGACGUUGAGCUACGGUGUUACGGUGUUAUCCUUCUAAUCAGACGCAAUCAAAGAUCUGGAUUGACUUUACCCUUUUCUAUUGGAUAAGUGCGAAAUUGAACAGCAAAAAUGAGUGGCUAUUGUGUUUGGAAUUGCGCUCUCGUUUCUGCCCUCUUAUUAUUCCGGAUUGGAAACGUCGAUGGGAUUCAAAUAUGGGGCAUGCAGUUCGGACGCGCACCGCUUUUGGAAAAAUUCACGUGGAAAACGAUGGACUUCGCUUAUCCGGACGAACGUAGCAGACAGUUAGCGAUAGCGAAUGGCGAAUACGUGCCCGAGAAUUCUCUGCCUGUCGGUAUCGAGAUCUGGAAGAACAAGCUCUUCGUCACGAUACCAAGGUGGCGCGAUGGAAUACCGUCUACGCUGAAUUACAUACCGCUGGACGCCAAUCGAAGUGGAUCGCCGAAACUUAUACCUUAUCCAAGCUGGGAUCAGAAUAGAGCCGGUGCCUGCGGCAGCGGAUUGACUACCGUUUACAGGAUUCACGCAGAUGAAUGUGACAGACUAUGGGUACUGGACACUGGAACAAUAGGAAUCGGUGACACAACUGUGCAAGCCUGUCCUUACACUUUGAACGUAUUCGACUUGAAGACGGAUAAACUGUUGCGGCAAUACCGACUCAGAUCGGAAGAUAUUAAUCAAAACACUUUCAUCGCCAACAUCGCGAUUGAUUUGGGAAAAGGCGGCUGCGACGAUGCUUUUGCUUAUAUGUCCGACGAACUCGGCUACGGCCUGAUCGUAUAUUCAUGGCAACAAAACACAUCCUGGCGAAUAACCCACAGCUAUUUUAUGCCAGACCCUCUAGCUGGCGAUUACAAUAUCGGAGGCUUGAACUUCCAAUGGGGAGAGGAAGGGGUUUUCGGAAUAAGUCUGUCGCCAAUUGCAGCGGACGGCUAUCGAAAUCUUUUCUUUCAUCCUCUCAGCAGCUAUCGGGAAUUUGCGGUUUCCACGAGAAUCUUGCGAGAUCAGCAAUUAUCGCAAAAUAGUUAUCACGAAUUUCAGGUGUUGCCAUCGAGGGGAGCACUUUCUCAUUGCACCGCAUCCGUAAUGGACGAGAAUGGACUUCAAUUUUUCAACUUAAUCGAUCAGAAUGCAGUUGGUUGUUGGAAUUCUAUGCUACCUUACGCGCCAAUCAAUCAGGCGGUCGUCGCCAGACACGAUGAGGCAAUGAUAUUUCCAGCAGAUAUUAAAGUGAAGCACGGUUUACUCUGGAUUAUAUCAGACCGGAUGCCGAUUUUCUUGCUGUCGAGUCUAAAUUACACAGAUAUCAACUUCAGAAUACUCACUACACCAGUUCAAGCAGCGAUCGCUGGAACGGUAUGCGACAACAUGCCUUGGAGACUUAUUAACAAUCAUAUCUGGUGGAAGUGACAGUUCAUUGCAUGCCGAUUUCUACAGCCAGAUCGCAGUGUGUUCAAUUGUGCCUUCGACUUUUGCACUUGAGAAUAUAUUUAAAAG